AUGUCUGAUCGCACUUAUCCAGCAUCUUUCCAAGCAAGACCUCCUUCGCCUUCUUCGCCCGCCGCCGGGUCUCUGAAAGAGAAUCAUCGGCUGCCCAUUUCUUCGGAACACAUCCCUCAGACUCCGACAUCCCCUCCGUUGAUGUCGGUUAGCGAUCAGAACGAUGCCGCCAACUUUACAUCUUCGCAUACAUCACCGAAUCAGGCGACGGUCCACCCUCCAAACGUAUCCUCCCCUCCAUCCUCUGUGCCGAUGUCUACUCAAGCCUCUCAACAACAACAACCAAUGAGCUCGACAAACUCAUUUCCUACGCCUGCGAGCAGCGUUAACGGUUGUCCUUUGAAUGCGACGGGGGAAGAUAAGGACAGCAGAAAAUCUUCCAACAUGAGCACAAACGACAUGACAGAAAUUUCAUCAGAACACACACGCACCGAUCACGAUCGGCAGUCUUUCUCAAAACACGCAGAUACUACCGCGCAAGACCAACAAAAGUCCGAUCUCGACGCUAUGGAGGUUGAUACAGAGCCUGCUCGCCGGCCAGAUAUCAGCAACCUCGGGUUAGAUUCUCUUCAGAAGGAGCUCACAUCUGCUUUCCAUCUUUGCAAGAGCUCUCCCAUCGUGACUGGCCCCGAUCCGUCAGUGGAUCUCGUUUCCCUAUAUGGGUUAGGACCCAUUGCACACUCGGUAGCGCGACUGGACCCCGUCACUGGAGAAAAAAUCAACCGUCUACGAAAAUCCUACGAAGGAAAGCUGAAGGGAUUGGGACUCGCUGGUCGGAACAAAUCCAUUAAGCAGGAACCUGGCGCGCCUGGGAGUCUCAGGCACAUGACUUUGUGGCCCGAGGAAGAAUGGCAAAACCAGAAGGUGUUUGGCAAGCAGAUCAAGAUUUCAGACAUAGAUACUGCGCUACAAGAUCUUCAAUCGCGCGCUAUGCAAAUGGAACCCGGACCGGUACCCAACAAUGAUUUCUGGGAGGAUAUUCUCGGCCACGAAAAGCCAGUCAAGCAUCCCGCCCCCAACGAACACAGCAAGAAGGCUGCCUCAACUCCAAGCGGCCGUCCCUCUAUGCAAUCCUACGCCACAUCCCCACCACCACAAUCACAAGAGGCAGAACGGCCUCGGCCCAGCAGAGGUCGCAAGAGGCAUUAUGAUGACAACAGUUUCGCGGGUUAUGGUGAAGGCUUUGUGGAUGAUGAGGAGGACCCCGGGUUCUACUCGAACGGCGAGGGCACUGGGAAGAAGAAACGCAAGAAGGACCAUGUCGCCAAGGUGUCGACCCCAAUGUCUAGCGGUGGUAGCUACGGGGUAGGCAUGUUUGGUAUUGGGGCCAGAUGA